GCCAUUUAGAGAACAACAGCACCAAGUGGGACUUUAAACAAUGGAGAGAAGUGUGCUGAAGUUGGAGAUCAAGAGCUGGGAGAAGCAGUUCAAAGCACGGGAGGGAAGAAAUCCAACACGAGACGAUAUAAAGAAGAAUCUGGAUGUGGCUGCCAAGUACAAGCUAUACAACAGCCUUAAGCAGCAGUGUAAUAGACAACCUCUGAGCCCUGUUAAGAGACAGAGGCAGAGCCACAACGGACAACUGCAAACACCUGAGAAGACGUCUCCAGAUGCUCCUCGUCGCUCACAGGACGCUGAUACUGGUAUUUCGCCACGAGUGGAACAGCUAGGACCGACACCUCAGUUGAACGGUAGGGUAAUGAGUAUAUUUGACGUUAUAACGAGCCCAUACCGUACACCUACAAAGUGUAGAACGGUCAAUGUCCUAAGUACGCCUUCAAGGAGAUUGGAUCUGGAGAGUACUUUACAAGAAGAGACAGGGGGUGAUGAAGUGGAAACCAAAACUCCGCAGAAGGUUGUGAGAACGUUGACCUUUGAAACGCCUGCUUAUUUGAAGAACAGGGCCGUUGAGAUGGUGUCUUCCUCGCCUUCACCAUUGGCGACGCAGAGAAUGAAGAAGAGCCUGUCAACAAUCGCAAGUGAGUUGAAAGACAUCCAGGAUGAGCUGAAGUACGGCGAUUAUGAUGAGGAUGACCUGAUACCAUUUGCAGAGCAUGAUUCAUCAGAUGACGAAGCAGGGGAGGAAGACGAGCAGGGCUCAGUGCCACUACAGCAAUGGAAGAAGAAGGGCCCAAAGAGACAAGUUAGACUGGUCAAGAAACGUGCGCGUAAGACCACUGGCAAUGAGGAUGAGAUGAAAGGUAAGAACCUGCGCGAGGAGAUGCAGAAGCUGGCAACCGUCAAAGAGUCCACUUUUGAAUCCGAAAACUCUGAGGAAUGGUCUGAUAACGAUUCCGAGUAUGAUAACGAUGACUAUGUCAUUCCAGAAGUGACAAGCAAAAGAAGAAAGCCUUUGAAUAAUAACUUUAAAAAGUACAAGAUACAGAAAAGGAAGAACAUCUUUGGCAGAAGACAAAGAGGUUGGUGAGAUCUUUCCUUUCAACUUUUAAUGAAAUGCAUGCCAUGAUUAUUAUACUU